GUUACUUUGCGAAUUUCUUCAAAUUAAGUUUUAUAAUAAAUUUUGUAUAACAAUAUCAAGCAAUUUAUCGUCAAUUCAAUAUUCUGUCGAACAUUAAUGAAUGAAAAUAUAACCUGUUGCUGAAACAUUUUGGGGUUAUGAAAGUUUUAUGAUACUACAAUAAAUAUGGAUAUGGCUGAUAAUCACGGUGAAAGUGAUGGACGAGCUGUAAUUAAUUUCUUAAAAAAUAAUGUGUACAAACUAGAUAAUACUACUUUAGAGGCUGAAAUGAAAAAAGAUUUUUUAUUUGCUAAAAAAAAGAGUAAAGACGCUAAAAAGAAACAAAGCAAGAAGAAAUCUAAAACGUUGACGAGAAAGGAGAAAAAGGCUUUGGGUUUUUAUGAUAUUGCAAAGAAUGGCGUGAAAUAUAAUGAUGUAUUACCCAUGAAUAAUAUAUGGGAGGGUUAUAUGAGUGAAUUGCUUGAAUUAGAUAAACCAGUGCCAAAAUGUAAUAGCAAAGGCUGGGAGCAAUUUACACAAACUUUAUUCCGAGCAGACUUUCAUGGUAGCAUUCUAGAAGUUAUAAGGUCAAAAUGUCCGAGCUAUGUAGGAAAAAAAGGUAUCUGCAUUAUGGAUACUAGAAAUACAUUCAAAAUAGUUUCAAUAAAUGAUGUGGUAACAACUAUACCUAAACGUGAAUGUGUUUUUGAUAUGUAUAUAAAUGAUAUGAAAAUAACAUUUUUUGGUAAACAUUUGUGUAUCAGACCUGCGGAACGAUCUACCAAAAAAAUUAAAUGUGUUAUGCAUCCUGAUCUAUAAGACAGUGAAUAUGUCGAAUAAUAAUCAUAGUAAAUAAUGAGUUUUAAUGUCACUAAAAACGAAAUAAGUUCAAGAGAUAACCUUAAUUAUAUACAGUCACAGAAAAACUACCUUCCUCCUCAAAAUUAACUUGAACUCUGCCCCUUUUUCUGAAUUAAAGAAUGUGGUAUUAUUUAUCUUUUGAUAUUAACAAUCUUUAUAACUUUUACUGUACCCCUGAAUAUUGUAUAUACAGUCUAAUCUAGAUUAGCAUG